ACUAGUCGAUAUGUUGUCUUCACCAGCGAUGCUCCAAUGCCCUCUUUCUUAGAUAGUUCAUUCACCACGUGGUAUACACCAGUAACGUAACAAACGAGUGUGCUGCAAAACGAUGUCAUUCAAGAAAAUUUGCUCGGACAUUGCUUAAGGUCAAACGAAGGCACUGACCAGCUGAUCGCGCGCUCGUCCCAUACGAGUUGAGUACCCGCAUAAACGAGAGAGUGAGAGCGCACGCGCGUGACAAAUACACACGCAAUCAGAAAGACUUUGAAACCGACGACGGCUCGCGUAGUCCCUCUCAGUCGCACUCCAACCAUCAGCUGGAUUACACAAGCGGAUUGAUACACGCGCACGAUUUUCACACACGAAUCGGUCCACAUUUCCACAGACAGAAAAUGGUCGCAGAAAAGUACAGUAAGCUCGAACCCGAGCUGAUGGAGGAACUACGCACGAUCGCCCAACAGAUUGUGGCACCCGGCAGGGGUAUCCUGGCCGCUGAUGAGUCGACCACGACGAUUGGUAAACGUCUUCAGGAUAUCAACGUUGAGAACACCGAGGAGAACCGCAAGGCUUAUAGACAACUUCUUUUCACUACAACGAAGGAUGUCAUUGGACAACACAUCUCCGGAGUGAUUCUCUUCCACGAGACCCUCUAUCAAAAGGCCGACGACGGCACGCCGUUCGUCGAGCUACUGAAGCAGCGCAACAUUAUCCCCGGCAUCAAGGUCGAUAAAGGUGUCGUUUCGUUAUUCGGCACGGAUAACGAAUGCACAACCCAGGGUCUCGAUGAUCUCCAGGCGCGUUGCAUCCAGUACAAGAAGGACGGCUGCCACUUUGCCAAGUGGCGAUGCGUGUUGAAAAUUACAAAGGAUACGCCGAGCAAGCUUGCCAUCCUGGAGAAUGCCAAUGUUCUGGCCCGCUACGCCUCCAUUUGUCAAAGCGCUAGGAUCGUACCGAUCGUGGAGCCUGAGAUUCUUCCCGACGGUGACCAUGAUCUCGCCCGUUGCCAACAGGUCACGGAAGAGGUCCUUGCGGCCGUUUACAAGGCCCUUUCAGAUCACCAUGUAUAUCUCGAGGGAACACUGCUCAAGCCCAACAUGGUGACACCGGGCCAGAGUUGCCCGACGAGAGCGACACCCCAGCAGAUCGCUGCCGCCACGGUGACGGCGUUGUUGCGCACUGUGCCACCGGCGGUACCUGGCAUCACUUUCCUUAGUGGUGGUCAGUCUGAGGAGGAGGCAUCGGUCAAUCUGGACGCCAUCAAUAAGUACCCGGCAAAGAAACCCUGGGCAUUGACCUUUAGUUACGGACGUGCUCUUCAGGCUUCCGUACUUCGCGCUUGGCAAGGCAAGCCUGAUCAGGUCGCUGCCGGUCAGCAUAGUGCUGAGCACACAUGAUAAAAUGUCAGGAAACUUUUUGUUCAAAUAUUUAACACGAUAAAGAUUCGUUAAUUGUUAUUACAACUCUCAGCUACUAUUGUAAUUUCUGAUCAACAUCAUUAUUUUAUCGUGAAAUCAAUUUGAUUAUGGAAAACAAAUAAUAUAUACAAUAUUAUAACUAUCGGAAUAUUAUAAAUAUUGGAAAACAUUAGAAAAUUUAAAACUUAUUUUUUUUCGGAAAUGUUAAGGUUUAAGAUUAACUAAAAAAUACAAAUUUAUUCUUUUCGAUACUUCAUUAAAUAUUUAUAUGUAAUUUAUACUUAUAGUAAUGGAGAGUUGACAGUAUUUAUAAUUAGAUUGCAUGUGUAAAUUUGAGUUUGCUCCAUCUGUUAAUUAAUCUAUUUAUGUUUUAGAUUUACGUCUUUUAUUUAUUUAUUUAUUUAUUCUCUGCAUCUAUAUAUAGCUGUCACUAACUGUUUGUCUUUCGAUCUCUGUGUCACUUUUCAAAAUAAUUCUGUUUUGAAUUAUCUUUGCACUAUUGUUCCAUUUCUUGUAUAUACUCAACGCAAGCAAUUUUCUUUUAUUGUUAAAAAAAAAUCUUCUAGUUUUCUGUAACUAUCAUUUUUAAUCACUUACUUGUGCAGCGCGUAUUGGUUUUGCAUGUCUAUGUAAUGUAUGCUUGUUAUGUAGGCAAACUCUGCAGCUUGUCAAGGUAAAUACGUCGCUGGCAGCAUUUCUAGCAAAGCUGCUGACACCUCUCUCUACAUCAAAUCUCAUGCCUACUAAAAAAAAAAAAUUUACUUUUUUGCGUUUUCUAUGGCGGCUAACAGCGACUCGGCACUUGGCAAAUAUGCGGGUGGUGUUACUGGUGCCGCGGGAGAUUCAGCACUUUUCGUCGCCAACCAUGCGUAUUAGAUUGAUCUAUAGAGAAAUUCGAUGUAAAAGAAUACUGUUAGAAAUGUGGAAUUAAACCGUCGUUGGAAGCACUUUGCAGGAUCAUCGUCGUCAUCGUCCUUCCCGUUGAAGUUGCGCGAAAGAAAAAAUUUUUCUCGGAGACGAACAAAACGCACACAAAGCCGAAAGUUUUCAACAAAUGUUCAUUUUGUUCUGCUUUUAAACACGGAUUAUUUCUCAUGGAAAUAAUCGUACAUUCUUAAAUCAAGUUUUAAACGAAUCUUUUAUGUCCACAUAAAAUGUCUUUAUGUGGAUUUCUGUCGAGUUGUAUAAUUCGAAUUAUUAUAAUUUUUAAUUGAUUACAGGCCAUAUAAUUCGUCGCUCAGAUCAAUAUUUUGUAGAUAGUCGCCAAAUUUCUUGAAUAUGUGAUCGAUUGAGAUUUUACCAAUGAAAUCUAUCCUAUUGGAACAAACGUACCCGCUAUUCUCAGAAGUCGCAUGAUUCAGUCCAAAAAAAUUAUUGUAAAGAAGAAAUUUAUAUACAUUUCUUUUUUGCAUAUUAUAAAGAUUUUCAUUUGAUAUAAAGAUGACAGAACAUCAUAUAGUUUCAUAUAGUUCAAUGUAUAAAGCGAGAAAAAGAAAAGACAAAGGAUUUUUCCGAUUCGAUGUGUUUAUCUAAUUUAACGUUAAUUUGGCCAUCAUUGUUUAAUCCUCGUUCUAAUUUGAAUAGAAUUCUAUGGAUUUUAUCAGAAAAUGUGCCGCGAGAGUUGGUAAAUAAUUUGACGAUUUCGUAAUAAAUGUGUGAAAUAUCGAGUUUAGAAUUUUUGGCGCAACCAUCUAAUUUUUUGUCAGUAGUGUCUAUUUUCACUACUGUUUUGAUUCGCCUAAAAAUUAAUUUGACGAGAUGAUAUUUCACCGGUAUUAAAUAAUCGAAGGACGAAGAUCGAAAUGUUACACACUGAACGCGAGCAGAUUUUGCAACAUUCGAUAUAUUACGAUAUGUAUUAUUACUAUAUUCUAUAACACUACGAUACAAAAGAAUGAAUGUGUGUGUGCGCGUCACACACACACACACAUACAUAUUGUCAAUGUCGUUAUGCGGUAUUCUACGUGUAUAAAAUAAAAGGAUGCAAAAAAAACAGAAAUAUGCAAAAUAAAGCGAAUAUAUUAAAUGUUUAUAUUAGCGACUGUGUCGAAUAUUACCAAAUUGUGCUAUAAAUUGUAUCAUCUAUACUUAUACAAUAUUAUAUGUAUCUUGCAUAGAUACCUAAGUAAUCUAUUGAAAAUUAUCUCGGUGUUAUAUAUCUAAAUACUUUCAUUGUAAUCUAGGUCACACCAAAUACAACUGUGGAGGGCAAAAAAAA